GGAUGAUUAGACUCGCUUCUUCUCGAGCCGAAACUUCAGUUUGGUUUAUCGCCUGUCCCGCAGCGUACAUUCUUCGAAGCGACGAGCGAUCUCGUAGGCGGUAAAAAGCAAACAGUUACGAAGCGAUAGCGACGAAACCGCGAAGUUGACGACGACGACGACGGGGAUAAGGUUGAAGAGGAACGAAAGAUGAGAUACAAGGUGAAUGACCCUGAAAACAGUGGAAGGGGAGUGGACGAUGGCAAUAAUAAAAAUUCAGAACUCCCAUGGCAAUGUAAUCACGGAGACGAAAAAUCGAACAGAAAGGAAACAAGGCUCGUGAUAAUCGUUGUCUUAUUAACGAUAACUGUGAUUACUCUUGUUGUUACCUUAACUUUGCAAAUGAUUGUAUUUUAUAAGGAAGAAUACAAAGAAAUGUGUCAGAGCGAAGAAUGCAUAAAAACAGCCGCGAGAGUAUUAGAGGCAAUGAAUAAAUCCGUAGAUCCUUGCGACGAUUUUUAUAGAUUCGCUUGCGAUGGCUGGGUCGCAAAGCAUCCGAUACCUCAGAGUCAAGUAUCCUGGGAUCAAUUGAGUCUCCUCAGAGAAUAUCUCCUCCAAGAUUUAAGAAUUUUAUUAGAAAUGUCUGACAAAGAGGAUGAUCUAAGACCUGUUAAGUUAGCAAGGGCUCUUUACAGAACUUGCAUGGAUACGGCGAGCAUCGAAACGUUGGGAUUACAACCGAUAUUCGAAGUAUUCAAAAAGAUAGGAUUACCGACGGAUCCACCUUUACAAGUCAAAGUUCCUCCUCUUGAUUUAUCUCGAAUCGCUGGUAUAACCCGAAGAAUAUUAGGCUUGAAUCUUUUGGUUAAUUUGUAUAUUAGCGAGGAUAUAAGAGACACGACGAGAAACAGAAUAAUGACGGAGCAAGUAUCUCCAGCUUUUAGCGAACGAUAUCUCCUCGAUCCUCAACGUUUUCAGUCAGAAUUAGGCGAAUAUAAAAAAUAUAUAAAAGCUAUGAUGGAAUUUGCUGGGGCUGGAAAUAGAAGUACAAGUUUUGCGGAUGAAAUUUUAGAAUUUAGUACGAAAAUUGCAAAGAUCAUGGAUACACCAGAGGAAAGACGUAGCGUACAUCACUUCUUUCAUGAUGUUACCAUUGAUGAGUUACAACAACUGACUGAUCUACGUGUACAACAAUGGAACUGGACGAGAUAUCUGGAUGGUAUAUUUGAAAAUACAAACGUGACCAUAAAUACAGAGAGUGAAAGAAUUAUUGUAAUGGAUCUACACUAUUUACAGAAAUUGCCCCAACUACUUGCUAUUACGCCGCCUGCUACGAUAGCACGUUUUAUCUGGUGGAGCGUAUAUUCAGCGAUUACGCCGCUUACACUGCAAAAGUUUCGUGAUCUUGGCUUUCAAUUUUCUCAAAAAGUUUUUGGUCUUAAAGAAAAAACGCCAAGAUGGAAAGGUUGUACAGGAAAUGUUAAUGCUAACUUUGGCAUGGCUCUAAGUUACGUCUACGCUCAAAAACAUUUCAAUGAACAGGAAAGGGAAAAGGCUUUAGAAAUGUUAAUGGACAUUAGGGCAGCAUUUGAUACAAUGGUUAAAGAGUUAGAUUGGAUGGAUGCAGAUACUAGACUACGCGCGCAUAGAAAAUUAUACGCAAUGAGACCAUUUGUCGGCUUUCCAGAGUGGAUUACUAAUCCAGAGAAAUUAAAUAAAUUUUAUGAAGGUGCAGAAGUAAUAGAAGGAAAAUUGUUUGAAACUUUUCUAAAACUGACGGAUGUAGGCGUUAAGAAAAAUUUAAAUAAUUUGCGAGAAAAACCGGAUAAAAAUCGAUGGAUAUCCACUGGAACUACUGUUAAUGCAUUUUACAGCGCUAUUUUAAAUUCAGUCACUUUUCCAGCGGGUAUUUUACAUCCACCAUUCUAUGGAAAUGGAAUAGAAUCAAUCAACUAUGGUGCAAUGGGUGCGAUUAUGGGUCAUGAACUUACUCAUGGGUUUGAUGAUCAAGGUCGCAGAUACGAUGAAAACGGCAAUCUCAGGCAAUGGUGGAGCGACGAAACAUUGCAACAUUACCAUGAGAAAGUCGAAUGUAUCAUCAAACAGUACAGUAGUUAUCAUCUUCCUGAGCUGGGUAACAAUUUUACAGUAAAUGGCAUUACAACUCAGGGUGAAAAUAUUGCUGAUAAUGGUGGAAUACGAGAGGCUUAUAGAGCCUAUCAAAGAUUGCAAGCUCGUAAUUCGCAUCAGCGAGCUUUACCUGGCCUUUCAGAAUAUACUCACGAACAAUUGUUCUUUUUAGGCUUUGCACAAGUUUGGUGUGGAAAUUAUACAAAUGGAGCAUUAAAAUCUAAACUUAUAGAAGGUGUCCAUGCACCAAAUCAUUAUAGAGUAAUUGGAACAUUGUCGAAUAACGCAGAAUUUGCAAAAGCUUGGAAAUGUUCAACUAAUAGUCGUAUGAAUCCAGAACAUAAAUGUAUCUUGUGGUAAAUAUUUGCUAUUUGACUCAAUCCAAAAUAUAUUUGUACAAUUGUGACAGAAUGUAUGAAAAAAACAUAAAACUGUCAUAUUUAAUUUAAGAUUUAUAUUUAUAUAGACUGAUAGGAGCUAGUGAAUAAUUUAUUAUUACUCUUACAUUUUAUGUAUUCUGAACCUCAUUUUACCAACUGUAAAUAUCAUUCAAAAAAUAACGACUUUUUCAAGUUA